CUUGAUUCUGGGUUUCUCCUAAAUCAUCCAAUUUGGUAUCGAAUUUGUGUUUCUUCGAUCCAAUUUCUUCACAAUCUCAACCCAGAAGAAAGAAUCAUGCUUUCGUUAUCCUCUUCUUCUUCUUCGUUACUUCGUCCGAGUUUACACUGCCAUGGUUCUUCUUCUGGUCAGUCAAUCGUUGUACCAAGAAAGAGUGUUAUAUCGUUUCGUCGGAAAGUCUCUUGCUGUUGCAUAGCCCCACCUCAGAACUUGGACAACGAUGCCACCAAAUUCGAUAGUCUCUCCAAGUCUGGAGGAGGUAUGUGUAAACAGCGAAAGCUUGAGAAUGAUUCUGAUGUUCUUAUAGAAUGUCGAGAUGUCUACAAAUCGUUUGGGGACAAACAUAUCUUGAAAGGUGUUAGCUUUAAGAUUAGACAUGGCGAAGCUGUUGGGGUGAUCGGUCCUUCUGGGACUGGAAAAUCAACCAUUUUAAAGAUCAUGGCUGGUCUUCUUGCUCCAGACAAGGGAGAAGUUUACAUACGAGGAAAAAAACGAGCUGGUUUGAUAAGUGAUGAGGAAAUAUCAGGACUUCGUAUUGGCCUGGUAUUUCAGAGUGCAGCUCUCUUUGAUUCUCUAUCAGUUCGUGAAAAUGUUGGUUUUCUACUUUAUGAAAGAUCAAAAAUGUCCGAGAAUCAAAUAUCUGAGCUUGUGACUCAAACCUUGGAAGCUGUUGGUUUGAAGGGGGUUGAGAAUCGAUUACCUUCUGAGCUAUCUGGUGGAAUGAAGAAAAGGGUUGCUUUAGCUCGUUCACUAAUUUUUGAUACAACGAAAGAGGUCAUAGAGCCAGAGGUGCUUUUGUACGAUGAGCCAACUGCUGGACUUGAUCCAAUUGCAUCAACUGUAGUUGAAGAUCUUAUACGGUCUGUUCACAUGACGGACGAUGAUGCAGUUGGAAAACCUGGAAAAAUUGCCUCUUAUCUGGUUGUUACCCAUCAACAUAGCACCAUUCAAAGAGCUGUGGACAGGUUAUUGUUUCUGUAUGAAGGAAAGAUCGUUUGGCAAGGAAUGACACAUGAAUUUACAACCUCAACAAAUCCAAUAGUUCAACAGUUUGCUACAGGCAGCCUCGAUGGACCAAUCAGAUACUAGGGGAGGCAAACCGAGCCUAAACGGGUACACUAACCGAUAAUAGGGGACGCAAACGAGGCAUGUCUGACAUACAACAUAUGUCUUGGAUUCUGGCAAACAUAUUAAGAUUCGAUAGCAAUUGUCAUGAUCAAUUGGUUCAAUACGAAUCUAAAUCUACUUGUAAACACUCUUUUAUCUUAGAUGCAUAGAUCAGGAAAGCAUUGUAAGUUGAGAUAUCAUUACGCAUCAAUGAGAAUUUGGUUUAAUGUGCCAAGAACAAAGACCUGCAUUCUCA